AUGAGCAGUUAAGAACCACCUCAAAAAACAAAUCAUGAAAAUGAAAUCGCAUAAGAUUCAAAACAAGCUACAAGCAAGAAGGUUCUUAAGCAAAUGAAACUCGACUAUAAGUAAGAACCCAAAAAGUCUAUUGACGGAAAACUGUAGUUUGGUGAUAAGUCUAUAUGUCGACUAUGUAAAGCAUUGACAAUGACUGCGCCUACUAUUAUUUGCAUUCGUUGUCAUUUCAAGUACCAUUAGGAAUGUAUACGCACAUAGAGCAAAGAGCCUCAAAUUAAGGAUGGAAUUAAAUGGCACUGCUUUUCUUGCCUAGAGAGAAUUGAGUAGAGAAAAAUAAAGGAUUCAAUACCUGAAAAAAAGAAACAGUACAAUUAAAUACAAGAUUUCUUUUAAAAAACAGUUCAACCAUAAGGAGACAAAAUCAAAAAGCUUACUGAAUUUUAAUAGCUUUAUCCUACUUACGUAUAACAAGGUAGAGUAUCCUUCCCUAUUUUGGAUGAAUAUUUAACAGCCUACCAAGGAUUAUUCAACAUAGAGCCCAAAAAGAAGCCCGCCCUUCGUGUAGACCCAGGAAUUCCUUAAGAAAUAUUUGAAGAUGUCCUCAAAAUUUGGGAUGCUUACAAUAACAUGAACAAAAUUAUAAGUGAUAUUCUUCAAGAACAAUAAAUUGAAGCUUAAUCAUAAUCGAAUAAUAUUGGAACUUUGAUUCAUUUUAGAGAUAAUCUGGCAUUAUAUAGUCAAAAGUCAAGAUCGGAAAUCUAUUUCACUUUAUAGCAUAAUCCUCAGGAGCUAAUUUUAUUUUUUUGCUAUUUCUAUUUGAAGUAAAUUAUUGAGGAUUUGGAUAUGGAACAAAUGCAAAAAUAAUAAUAUAAAAUACCUUAUUGGCAACUAAUGGGAUACAUGUGGCACACCAAUAGAUAGAGGUACUAUCAAUUGCUUCGAGAUGAUAUAAAAUCAUUACCAACAAACAUUUCUAAAUAAGGUGUCUUAAAUCUCCCAGAUGAUUUGAUUGAUUAUGUUGAUUAUUCAAAUGUUAACAAAUUGGCAAAACUUGUUAUAGUUUUGGUUGAUGGAUUAGAAUCUUUAAAGAAAACCUAAUUUCUCUAUCAAUAAAGAAUUGAAUAUAUACUAUCAAAUAAUAAAAUCUAAACUUAGUUGGGAAUUUAAAUCAAGGAGUAGAGAAGCAAGUAAAUAGAAAUAAAUGCUGAAGUUACUGAAUCGGAUGGUCAUUUUUAGGUUGCGAAAUCUAAAUUAUUAUAAGAUGGACUAAGUCGUGCAGAAACAUAGCAGUUAACUAAAGAAAUGGAAAAUGCUAAUAAUUAAUCUCAAAUCUUAAAAUAAUAAUUUUAGAAUAUAGAAAAAGAUAUUAAAAUUUUGACAUAAAGAUACAAAUAAUAAGAAAAGGAAUUGGCUAUCAUAUCAAUUACAUCUUUGGUCUUGAAUCCAUCAGUCUUCUUGGGAUAUGAUAAUAAGAAUAGCUAAUAUUAUUUCUUCCUUUGGGAAUCAGACAAAAUCUUUGUCUGUAUGAGGCAUUCUGUAAUAGAUGAUGAUAUUUCCUAAUGGGGUUUCUAUGAUCUUACAGAUAUCAAUGCUUUGAUGGAAAUACUUUGUUAAAAGGGAGUCAGAGAAAAUUCACUAAGAAAUAAUAUAUUAGAAUUAUAAAGAGCUAAAUUGUUGAUAGGGAAUUAAGAAGAGGAAUAGAAAGUUAGUACUUCUGAUAAAAAUAAUGAUUUAGAUAUUGAAUAAAAUCAAAGCAGCAGUACUAAAGAGUAGAAAAUCAAUAGUUUAGAGAAUUUAGACAUUGAUUUGUUGUAAUAGGAAUUUUUAAACAUUGAAAAUAUGUUGACUGAAUAUCUAAAUCAAAGGAGCUCAAGGUGGUGUAGCAGUGAAAUUAGAAACUCCUUUUUAAAUAGUUUCUAGAAUGUAAAUUAAAAAAAAUUAGACAAGAAUUAUGAUGAAUAGAAUCUUGCUCCUUUUUGCAAGGCAAUAGAAUUUUUUGUUAAUAAUACUACGAUACAGGAAAAAUUAGAAAUAAAACCUGAAGAUGAAAUCAAUGGAGAUGAGAAAAUAUCAUAAUUCAUUAAGGAUGAUGAAUCACAUUAGCAACUGAAUAGAAAAAGGAAAGUGAUUGAAGAUGAUUCAUCUGCUGAAUAACCUAUACAAACUGCAAUUUAAUACUUAGAAUAAUUAGAAAUGGGAAAGGUGAAGGUUAGAAGAUUGCCAAUGAAAUUAUUUGGCACAUAUUAUGAAACAUUGAGAUUGAAUUUAAUAGAAUAAUUAAAAUAAGAUUAUAAUCUGGUCAAAUUGAAGAUAUGUUUAGAAGUUCUUGGCUAAAUAGUAUAAGACUACAUAAAUAGAAAAAAUACAUAAUAAGUAGUAACUCAAAUACCUGAAAAAACUAAAGUAGACGAAGUGCAUAACAACAGACAAGCCCAAUUAGCAGCUGAUAAAGAGCCAGAAAUUAAGGUUUAAAACUUAAGAUAGAGAAUAAAAUCUAAAUCAUAGUCAAGAAAGGUUUAGAAUAAGUGGGAGGAUUAAUGCAAGGAAUGUGGAAAAGGAGGGAAGGUUAUUUGCUGUGAUACCUGUCCUAAAGUAUUUCACGCGAAAUGUUUGGGACUUAAAGAGAUACCUAAGGGAAGGUGGAAUUGUUUAGUUUGUUUAAGCAAUUUCGAGAGAUAAGUCAAAACCAGAGCAACUAUAAAGAAAUUAGAAAAUUAAUGA